AUGGGCAAAGGCAAACGAUCACAUACCAUCAGCAGCGCUCCAGCGAUCACAUCACUCGUCCCAUCAAUACCUUUACGAUCCUCGGGCGACCUUGUCUUGAGUUUGGCACCAACGCAUUUCUUGUCACGACCCUCCAUUGUAAAUCAAUCAUCACCGAAAUCAAUCACAUCGCCCGUACUUCCACCUCGUUUACGAUGGACACCACAACGACAACCUAAACGAGAGUAUGAUGACCUUGCUCACAAGAUGGAAUCAGCUCCGCUAUUGAUCCUCAUAUCCACCUAUCUCAAUUGGUUUGUAUUGAUCCUUCUUGGUCAUUUGCGUGAUACCAUGGGCAAGAUAUUCAAGCGUAAAGAAUACCAGCAUCUCAAAGUAUCAGAGGGAUAUGCACCGAUCGUUUCCGAUUUUGAUUCAUUCUACACAAGACGUCUCUAUAUGCGGAUAAGGGAUUGCUGGAAUCGACCCAUCACUGGUGUUGCUUCACGUACGGUGCAUUUGCUAGAGCGUGAGACCAAGGAUUUCAAUCAUACAUUUCAAUUGAUCGGCAGCGUGAAGGAGAAUCUGAAUUUUGGAUCAUACAACUAUCUUGGAUUUGCACAAAAUCAAGGUCCGUGCGCUGAUGCAGUGCAUGAACAAACACUUGCAUCGGGCUUGGUGUCAGCGAGUCCUCGAGCAGAAGCCGGUACAACUGAAUUGUUGGUGCAAUUGGAAAGAUUGGUGGCUCGCUUUGUUGGAAAAGAGGCUGCUAUGGUUGUCAGUAUGGGUUUCGCAACCAAUUCCACAACGCUACCUGCACUUGUGGGCAAGGGAUCGUUGAUCAUUUCAGAUGAGCUCAAUCAUUCAUCCAUCGUCUUUGGUGCACGUCUCUCAGGCGCAUCUGUAAGGGUAUUCAAGCACAACAGCAUGCAAGAUCUACAACAGCUAUUGCGUGAAGUGAUAUCUCAAGGACAACCACGAACGCAUCGCCCUUGGAAAAAGAUCUGGGUCGUUGUGGAAGGCUUGUAUUCAAUGGAAGGCACCAUCGUCAACCUACCGGAGCUGAUACGGCUCAAGGAGCAGUUCAAGUUUUAUCUCUAUGUCGAUGAAGCCCAUUCCAUUGGUGCUUUGGGUGAACAUGGUGGCGGUGUAUGCGAUUUUUAUGGCGUCGAUCCAGCCAACGUGGAUAUUCUAAUGGGGACAUUUACAAAAUCCUUUGGUGCUGCCGGUGGAUACAUUGCUGCAAGCAAGCCUGUCAUUGAUUAUCUUCAUACAACAAAUCAUGCCUAUGUGUAUGCAGAAACGAUGCCGGUCCCCGUGAUUCAGCAAGUAAUGACAAGCAUGCGAUUGAUUUGUGGUCAUGAGGAAGGCCGAUGGCGUAUACGUCAACUAUCAGACAAUGCGCUUUAUUUUGCUCGAAGAUUACGAGAAAUGGGAUUCAUUGUGUAUGGUGACCAUGGAAGUCCUGUGAUACCGCUGUUGUUAUUCAAUCCUGCCAAGAUUGCUGCCUUCUCUCGAGAAUUACUCAAGCGAGGUGUUGCUAUCGUCGUUGUUGGUUAUCCUGCAACAUCCAUCAUUUCAUCAAGAGCAAGGUUUUGUGUAUCAGCUUCUCAUACCAAGGAGGAUAUAGAGCGUGCUUUGGGGAUCAUAAGCGAGGUGGGCGAUCUGCUAAUGCUCAAGUUCAAUCGAAGCAAAUGA